AUGCUAUUCGGAAUUCCCUCUGCUAUUGCCCUCGCCCUCGCCCUUACCGGUCUUGCCUCUGCUCAGACCUGGCAAGUCGAUCAUAGCUGUGACGCUUUCAAGUGAGUCUCUUUGUCUGGAUAUUCGGUCGAGUUUGUUAUAACUGACACGUGGACAGCAUUGUUGGUGUGUAGAAGGAAUCACGAUUUAAAUCUCGAGGAAGCUCAGAAAGGGCUAAUAUUGCUAUAGAGACUUGUAUUUCCCAGUACGGUCCCCGCGCGAAGGCCUGCCGUAAGUCUAUGCAACUUUAUACCCGAACCUAUCUAGACAAACCCUAACCCGAAUGUGCAGCCCCCAAUGAGUACUCCUGUAUGUGCAUUGAGUACACGAACCUUUUGACCUGCUAUAACAACUGUCCAAUGGAUACCAGUAGGUUUCCUGCGAUUUCUCAUGUCCCUAUACCAUUCAAGUAUGAUGUCUGACGUGGAUAGACUCGUCUGGUAUUAAGAGCAGUGUUACCUCCUUCUGCAAUGCAGCAGCGGCAGCUUCUUCUGCGUCUUCCAUGACAAACACCGCCAAGCCGACUUCUGGUGCGGGUAGUUCCACUGUGGCCUCUUCGGCACCCACCGGUUCUGGAUCUCCGACUACCACCGGGGCCCCGUCCUCCUCCGGCUCGUCGUCCUCUGGUUCUAGUUCCCCCAACGCCGCCCUUGCCCUCACACCGGCUGGUACCUAUGGCGCCUUGGCUGGUGUUAUGGCAAUCGCUGGUAUCUUCUUGUAG